AAAUGUGUUAACAGCCUGACUUUAUUUGCACAAGUAGUAAAUUUAUUUGUAUAACGUGCAGAUUUUGCAAACAUAUUGCGAUAUAAAAGCCGAAUAACAUUUAUCUAUGUUCCUAUAACUUUCACAUAACGUACGGUGCUUAUAAAUUUCAAGAUGAAAUCAAUAGCUGUUUUAUUUGUGUCCGUUUUGGUUUUUCAAUGCGUAUCUGCUAAAAGUUUAUCAGUAAAACUGCCUACUAAAUGCGAAGAUGUUCUUCCAGCUGAUACCUGUGCUUCACUAAAAACUGCAGCAGCCAAAUUAAAAGUAAAUACUCAGCUUGUAAACGAUGCUGUUAUUAACGCUGUUAAAAAAAAUAUACAAAACACCCAGGAAAUCAUUCUUUUUGUCAAAGAUACUUUGGUAGAAAAGGCUACUAAUUUUCAAUGCACUGACGUUCUUUCUGCAGAGCAAUGCGAUAAAAUUGGUUCCAUUGGAAAAAAUCUUAAAUUAAAAACUUCAGACGUUUCAAAAGCCAUCAAAGAGGCCGUUGUGAACGGAGUUGAUCAAGCAAAAGUUAUUUAUGCUCGAGCUGUGCGUUUUCUUUUAAACGAUGUCAAAAAUGUUAAUUGUGAAACCUUGGUCUCUGCAGAAGUUUGCAAAAAAGUUGCUGAUUAUGCUAAAAGUCUUAAACUGAGCACAACUGACGCCACAAACGCCGUUAAAGAAGCCAUCGUCCAGGGUGCUAACAAUGCUGCAGAUUAUUUUAAUAACGCAGCUGAAUACCUGAGAGCACAAAUAUCUUGCGAAAAUGUUCUUUCAGCUGACACAUGUGAAAAAGUCCGAAAAAUUGCCGAUAAAUUCAGUGUAUCAUUAACCGAAGUCAACUCAGUUAUACGAUCUGCUGUAGCCAGUGGUGUUACUAAAGUUACAGAUCUUUACAAACAUGCUGUUAAUUUCAUUAUUGAGAAAUGGACACAAAGUUUUGGAGACGAGCCCAUGAUGUACAAGAGAAGCAUAGAUCAAGAAGAGAUCAAAGAAACAGUUGUUCGCGCCGUUGAAAUGCUCAUGGAUGUUAUAACAAAAGAUAUGUAAUAUGCUAACAUAAAUAAAUAAAUAUAUUGUUCAUGUAUUUA